UCGUCUCUAGCUGUUUGGGAAAAUGUGCGCUUCCCCACCCGUAUUCCGGUUGACAGUUACAGGCUAGUAGGUUAGGGGCGGGGCUUGUCGGUAUACGGGCGGAACAAGAAAAAAAUACAUUACUGGUGUUUUUGGCGGGAAAGCCGCCAUUUUGAAUGUGUAAAUGUUGGACUGUAAAUUUGCAUAAUCAUUUUUAUUCCUUUUUCAUUUAAUUAUUUUAUUUUACGUUUGUUUAUAUAUAUUUAUUUACUUAUUUAUUCACUUAUUUUGAUGUGCAUGAGUGUUUUCUGGUUUUGAGGAAAUGUAUGAUAUAAAUGAAACUAGUUAUUUUAUUUGAACUGAGGUGUAGUUUAUUGUAGUUUGUAGUCGUUAUUAAGUGUAAUAAGGCUCGGCGUCGGGAGCGGUGUGUGACAGCGGAUGUAAAACUGAUCUUUAUUACAGUAAAGAUCCGCCCCUGUGGUUGUGAUAAAAUGGGUUUAAUAGAGUUAAAGGUUGUUCUUUUGCAGAUUCCGGAGCUGAAGCACGCGUCGGUGCGUAUGAGAGACGGAGGACGAGUGGAGACCAUCAUCGAACACAUGCGGAGAGAAGGACCUAAUGCACUGCAGGUGAUUUCUGACUUCGACAUGACGCUCACCAGAUUUGCUCACAAAGGGACACGCUGCCCUACCUCAUACGGUAUUCUACACAGCAGCACUGUCAUUAGCGAGGACUGUAAAGCCAAGAUGUCGGAUUUGUUUGAUCUUUAUUACCCUGUUGAGAUCAACAACUCGAUGUCGGUGGAGGAGAAAAUCCCUCACAUGGAGGAAUGGUGGACGCGAGCUCACGAUUUGCUCAUCAAAGAGCAAAUCAGGAAAGACCAGCUGGUUCAGGCUGUAAGAGACUCCGGCGCCAUGUUGAGAGAGGGGUACAAGUCUUUCUUUGACGUGCUGCGGUGGAACUCUGUUCCUCUGCUGAUCUUCUCAGCCGGAGUCGGAGAUAUUUUAGAAGAAGUGAUCACUGAACACGGGGUCUUCCACCCAAACGUGCGCGUCUUCUCCAACUACAUGGACUUCGACCAACACGGUGUGGUGCGUGCAUUUAAGGGCGAUGUGAUCCACACGUUUAAUAAAAGAGAGGGCGCUCUACAGAACACACAGCAGUUCGUACACGAUCGCAGCAACGUGCUGCUGCUGGGAGAUUCGCUGGGAGACCUGGACAUGGCCGACGGCGUGCAGGGCCUCCGCAACAUCCUGCGCAUCGGCUACCUCAACGACAAGGUCGAGGAGAGGAGGGAGGCGUACGUCAAGUCUUACGACAUCGUGCUGGAGAAGGACGAGACGCUGGACGUCCCAAAUGCAAUACUUAAUUACAUCACAGCGGAGAAACGAGACCACACGCCCGUCUGAAAGGUCACCCAGCCAAUGGGAAACCAGCAUCCCAGCCAGCGGCCAGUCAGGAUUAAGCUGGGGUUCGGAUCAUCCGUAAUAGCGUGUCUUUUAUUAUUUUUUCCCUCAGAUUUUAUGUUAUUUUUUAUACAUUUUUCUAAAUGGGGUGAGUUUCUCAUAUCUAAAUAUUUGAGAUAUUUUCGCUCAUACAUUAAAACGUCCAUCUCCACUCUACACUGUAAUCUCGUACAGGAGAUAAACUCGUAUGUUAUUCACAACGGAACAUAGAAAACAUAUUAAAAUGUUUAAACUGAGGAAAUGGACCGUUUUAAGGGGAAAAUAAGGUCACUUUGAGUUUGAUGGCCGCAACACGUCUCAAAAAGUCGGGACUGGGGACAACACAAGGCUCUUUUUAUACUCAAUCACGUUUCUGACCUGUCGCCAGUUUACCUCCAGCUGUUUCUUUCCAGUAGCACUUUACUUUUCCAGCCUUUUGUUGCCUCCCAUUUGUGUAAUGUAAAUUAUAAGAGAAUUAAAAAGUGUUUUUGACCUUGGCUACACUAAAACAUGGACCAAAUGAAUAUUUUGCGCACAAAAAAGAAUUCUGUACCUUUUUUCAUCUGUACUUUUAUUUUAUUUAAAUCUCAUUUUAAGAACUUGCA